UGACUCGACAGCCUGUCCGAUGCGCCUUGGCAAACGGUUGGCGCUCGUGCUCGAGAUGAACCCUGCAUGACAUGAUGCACUUUGUUUGUGGGUCACCUUGGUGGAAAGGCUAAAUUCAAAUUUUUUAUCAGAUGCAACAUGCAACGUGGUGUGGAUGCUUGAGUCCGGUGUUGCACGAGCUUUUUCUCAACAUUCGAUGUGAUGCGAAGAGCGAUGUCAAUCAUGCGAUGUUUGCGUGGCCGAUGAACGGAGGCAUGCGUGCAGGGAAAGGGCAAGGCAACUCAUUGCCGAGAAGUAAGUUUUUGGUGCGUCCAGGAAGAUGAUCUGAUUGCACACCAAGGACAUUUCUUGUAGCUGUUUUACAAUCUGAUCUUUUGUCUUGUAUCUGCUCUUGCAUUCUUUAUCUUAUCAAUCUUACUCGUUGUCUUUGUACUUGUUAUAUACCACAAAAAGGCAGUUACGAAGAUGUCUUUCCAAGUCCAGGAAUCUACGCCUCAGGCAGCUCGUGCCAAUGCAUCAUCUACAACUCAAUCCUAUGACCUUGUUGUCGUUGGCUUUGGCACCACAGCUCUCUCCCUCGCAACUGCCCUCGCGGACUCGGAAACCGACCUCAAAGUCCUCUUCUUGGAAUCAAAGGAUGCAUUCGACUGGGCUCCUGCUUCAGUGCUUCCUGAGAAUGCAGUACGCACUUCCUUCUUGCGUGACUUGAUCACCACACGCAAUCCUCGCAGCGAGUUUACUUUUGUCAACUAUCUGUUUGAGAGCAACCAGCUUGUUCAAUUCGUCAACUCCUCGCACAUGACUCCUUCAAGAUUGGUCAUGGGCAACUAUCUCGGUUGGGUCGCUUCCAAGAUGGCAGAGAGAAAUUGGGUUCGCUAUUCUAGCACUGCUACCCGCGUCACUCCUGUCAAGAACAACUCUUCCCAAAUCAGCAGCUGGAAGAUCAACGUUCGCGAUGCUUCAGGAAACAACAGCACCAUUUCUUCCAAGCGUGUUGUUCUGGCUACUGGAUCUCAACCUAGAAUUCCUGCUACCUUGAUGGGUGGAAAGGACAAGGUGUUGCAUACUUCUCAAGUUGCUCCUUUGUUGCACAAUUUGAAGGAUCAGGAUAUCGCUAUUGUGGGUGCGGAUCAAGAGGCCGCUGAGAUAUUCGAGCAUUUGCAGAGUGCGGGUGCUUUGCACCGUGUACGAGCAACCAUGUUCAUCUCGGACUCUGCAUUGCGACCAGAGGACAACACUUCUUUCACUCAAGACAUCAUCGACGACGUCCUCCCCGGUGCCUCAACCAACUCCAUCCCUCCUGAGCUCCGUCCUCGCCUCCUAACUACAACCUCCACCCCCCGCGGCCCCAAGAUCGCCCUCUCAACCAUCGAAGCACUGUACGAAAACCUCUACGCCCAACGCAUCACCACUCCCAACCCAUCCGCCCGCCGCUUCAACAUCUGCCCCCUCUCCGAAGUCACAUCUAUCGCCCAAGAAAACAACAAACUUCGUCUCAUGACCAAGAACCCUCGCACAAACGAAACCAAAAAGACAGACGGCGCUUUCGACAUCGUCAUUGCUGCUGGCGGGUACACGCACUCGACUUCAUUGCUCCAAGAUAUCGAAGCUGCGGGUGUGCUGCAAGAUAAAAAGGCACAGGUGGAUGCAGAGUAUAAACUUUCAUUCAGAAAGAAUGUCGUCGCUAAGGAUGCUGGUGUGUGGGUGUUGGGAUCGCUCGAGCAAGGUGAACUCAGAGAUGAGGAUAUGGGUUUUGCUGUCGAGAGGGGAAACAGGCUUUUGAGUUCAUUGAUCGAUAGUGUGGCUGGUGGUGAGGAGAUGAAGGGCGAAGUUGCCAUGUUGUAAGCAGCUCUGUCUUUUUUACUUCGAUACAUGUUGGAGUUGUGGAUGUUUUGGAUACAUGUUAUGGCAUACUGUACGUGCCGUUUGGAAAAGUGUAGUUUAAUUUCUUGCGUAUUGAGCGAUAUUGUUAUCACG